AUGUUACCUGACGAUAGAGUCAAUCUUUCCUCUGUUCGAGGCUUCUUGUCAGUUAUCCAGUCUUCCACUAGCAUGGCUUACCGCCGGAUCAUGGCUGUGCUAAGUCAAAAUUGCAGACCUGCGUUGUGUGGCAUCUCUCCUCCUCAACAUGACAACAUAAGACACAGCACUUCCAGUUUCGAUGCAGCAAUAGAAGCAAGUUCAGAGGAGAUUACUGCUGUGGAUGCAGCUUCAUUGAGACGACAGAUACUCAAGCUGAACAGGCGAUUGCAACAUCUAGAGGAGGAGAACAAAGAGCGAGCCAAAAGGGAAACGGUCAUGUACUCAAUUACUGUAGCCUUCUGGCUGCUAAACACCUGGCUUUGGUUGCGUCGCUAG